ACAGCUAAUCUGCUGGUCUCUGCUGUGCACUAGGCGAAGAACUGAGACAAUUGCUUGCUCUUCCUUAAUGUUUGUGUUUUGUUGUUUCUAAUCUUUCCCUCCCUGAAGCUGAUGCCUGUGGGACACAGCUGGGAAGACAGCACCAUCAGGUUUAAAGGAACAUAAAUGCCUGCUAAAAUGGCACUGGCCAGUUCAAUUUCUAGCAAAGUAGCACAACCACACUCCGGAAAAGUUUCUGCAGCAGGGGGGGAAGUGCACCAGAGCAAGAUGGAUUUUUUCUGCAAGCUGGGCUAUGGUAAGCAGGACAUCUGCAAAGUGCUGAAGAACCUGGGCCAAGAGGCCCUGGAGGAUGAUGUGCUGAAAGAGCUGAUUCGGAUGGGGAGCAAACCUCAGGCUCUGGAGAGCCAGGCUCAGCCUUCCCAGCUAAAGCUGGUUGCCCGUGGAUCGUGUAGCACCACAGCAGGGCUGAAGUGGCUUGGAGAAGAUGGAAGUGAUUCUUCUGAUUCCUUGAGACCCAUUGUGAUCGAUGGCAGCAAUGUUGCAAUGAGUCAUGGAAACAAGGAGGUGUUCUCCUGCUGGGGGAUCCAGCUGGCAGUGGACUGGUUUCGAGACAGGGGGCACACUUACAUCAAAGUCUUUGUCCCACUCUGGAGAAAGGAGCCCCCUCGACAAGACAGCCCCAUUGCAGAUCAGCACAUUCUUGAGGAGCUGGAAAAGCAAUCUGUCCUGGUCUACACACCCUCUAGGAAGGUGAAAGGGAAGAGGGUGGUGUGCUAUGACGAUCGCUACAUAGUGAAAGUUGCUUAUGAGAAGGACGGAGUCAUUGUUUCCAAUGACCACUACCGGGAUCUCCAGAAUGAAAACCCCGAGUGGAAAUGGUUCAUUGAGCAGCGACUACUCAUGUACUCUUUUGUCAGUAACAGGUUCAUGCCUCCCGAUGAUCCAUUAGGCAGGCACGGACCCACCUUAAGUAACUUCCUCAGCAAAAAGCCAGUGCUUCCUGAGAAGAAAUGGCAGCCUUGCCCUUAUGGUAAAAAAUGCACCUAUGGCAAUAAAUGCAAAUUUUACCAUCCAGAGAGACAACAUCAGGCUCAGCUUUCAGUGGCUGAUGAGCUCAGGGCCAAAACGAAGGUCCCGUUAGCCCCGGGGAAAGAGGAGGAGAGGUGCCAGUGCUCACCAUACGCAGCCAGAGGAGAGCCCGCGCCCCGCGAUGCCGGCACGGAAGCUCUGCGGGAAGCCAGAGGCUGCUCCGGGCCCUGCUGCUACCCGGGCCCGUCCCAGGGCAGCCGUUCUGAGCAGACAUUCCGUGCCUGGGCCAGCAGCCCCGGCUCCGAGCUGGGGCUGGAGCCGCGCCUGGCGCAGCCGGAGCCGCUCCUGGAAAGGAUGGCAGCCGUGUCCAUCAGGGAUGGCACCCACGGCUGGUGCCUGUGCUCCUCCGGGGACAGGGGGGCCUCGGACAGCCCUCACCGCUGCGCUGAGCUCAGGCACAGACUGCUGUCGCUCCGUCACCCGCGGGGCUUGGAUCGCGCCCGGUGUCCCUGCCAGCGCGGAGCGCUCCCGGCCGCGCCAGGCGGGAUGUGCCCGGGGCACGGCUGGGCUCGGGAGCCCCCCGGGAGCCGCUCCAUUCCCGGCGGUGCUCAGCGCACACAGCCCCUGGAGCCCCGGCACCCCGCUCUGCUGCAGCCCACGGCUCUGGCCCCGGCCAGGCUUCCCCUGUACAGGGAGCAGCAGCUGCAGCAGCACCGCUGCUCCCACAGCCAGCCCCCAGCACAGCAGCCCUUGCAGCCAGAUCCCAGCCAUGGAACAGGCUUAUUCCAGAAAGCCCACACUUACCCCAGUGCCUCGUACCGGGACUACUGGCCCAGCCCAGCUGCAAGGCCACCCUCUGCCCGGCAAAUGAGCACACACAGGGAGCUGUGCUCCCCUUACCCUUACAGUGUGAUGAGCCAGGUCAUGACUAUGUACCCCAGUAUCCAGGAUAAGGGGACUGGAGCACCUCCCCUGUGA